UUUCUUCCAGCAGCGCCGAGAGUCGCUGGUGGCAAAGAGCUCGGCUUCGUCGCCCGGCUGGAGGGGAGGGCGUGGGGUGCGGGAGACCAGCCUCCGGGAAGCUCGCCUCUCCGGACGGCCCUGUAAGCCCCACACCCCCCCUCCGGCUCGCUCCUUCCCAUCUGCCAGAACUUCUCCCAUGUGCCGUCAUGAGGCGAGCGCUCCGCUCCGGACUGGGCGCUGCUGCGGCGCUUGUCCUGACAGCCUGCGCCUCUCUCUGCACAGGCUUAACAUGUGUGUGCCAAUUGUGUGAAAAAACAAACUUCACUUGUGAAACGGAGGGAGCAUGUUGGACUUCUGUCAUGCUAUCGAAUGGCCGGCAAGAAGUAAUAAAGGCAUGUGUUUCCCUACCGCAGCUGAAGGCACAGAUCUUUUGCCAUGGUUCUAAGAAUGUAACCAGGAGAGAAUGCUGCUUCACAGAUUUCUGCAACAAUGUCACCAUUUACCUGCCUACAGGUCAAGAACCUUCAAACAAAUCAAAACUAGGACCUGUGGAGCUGACUGUAGUUAUAACCAUACCGGUGUGUGUGUUGUCCAUUAUUUUACUGCUGGCAGCCUACACAUGCCAAGGACACCUCUGCAGACACAGAAAGAAAAGAAGGCCAAACAUUGAAGAACCUCUCUCUGAGUGUAAUCUAGUGAACCCAGGAAAAUCUCUCAAAGAUCUAAUUUUUGACAUGACAACAUCGGGUUCUGGAUCUGGUUUACCACUCCUUGUCCAAAGGACAAUUGCAAGGACUAUUGUUCUUCAACAAAUUGUUGGAAAAGGACGAUUUGGCGAAGUCUGGCGUGGAAAAUGGUGCGGAGAGGAUGUUGCUGUAAAGAUCUUUUCCUCCAGAGAUGAAAGGUCUUGGUUUCGUGAAGCAGAAAUCUACCAGACAAUCAUGCUGAGACAUGAAAAUGUCUUGGGUUUUAUCGCUGCUGAUAACAAGGACAAUGGGACCUGGACUCAACUGUGGCUUGUAACUGAAUAUUAUGAGCAAGGCUCUUUGUUUGACUACUUAAACAGCAACACUGUGACAGCUAAUGAAAUGAUUAAGCUGACCUUUUCAAUUGCCAGUGGCCUAGCACAUCUGCACAUGGAAAUCGUUGGAACCCAAGGAAAGCCAGCUAUUUCACACAGAGACUUGAAAUCUAAAAAUAUUCUAGUCAAAAGGAACGAAAGCUGUGCUAUUGCUGACUUGGGGCUAGCUGUGAAGCAUGACUCGGUAUUAAACACAAUUGACAUACCACAGAAUCCUAGAGUAGGAACCAAGAGGUACAUGGCUCCAGAAAUACUUGAUGACACAAUGAACAUAAAUAACUUUGAAUCUUUCAAGCGUGCAGAUAUUUACUCUCUUGGGCUGGUGUAUUGGGAGAUAUCCAGAAGAUGCUUUGAUGGAGGAAUUGUGGAGGAGUACCAGUUACCUUAUUACGAUGCUGUAUCUUCUGAUCCUUCAAUAGAAGAAAUGAGAAAGGCAGUCUGUGAACAAAAGCUGAGACCAAAUAUUCCAAAUCAGUGGCAAAGCUGUGAGGCGCUCAGACUUAUGGGCCGAAUCAUGCGUGAGUGCUGGUUCACCAAUGGGGCAGCUCGACUGACAGCACUUCGUAUUAAGAAGACAAUUUCCCAACACUGUGGACAAAAUUCCAAAGCUUAAAUUUACACGCCUUGUAAAAAUGGAACAGGAAAAUGCAUUUACUGUAUGUCUUUGGUUUUUGUAUUGUUUUUGAUUUUGCUCUACCUCACAUGAUACUCAGAAUAGUACUGCAAAGCCCAAAUCCUAGAAUACUACAAUGUAGCUUCAUUGGUUCUUCACAUUUCAUCAGAAUUAACUUUUGGUUGCUGGGUGAUGUGUGUCUUGUUUUGGCUCGUAAAGGAAAAUGAUUUAUUUAUUUUAUGAGCAUAAUAAUCCAUGAACAUGCUUCACAGUGUUGACAUAAUACUUCCUGCCAUGGCAGCAGAAGCUCCUGAAUUACAUAUGAGAAGUGAACAUCAGCAAAAGUUUAUCACCAUGGCAGAGCCCUGUUCUUGUUUGUGUUGGUGGUAUACAUGAAUUUCAUAAACUAGACCAAAAGUGGGCAACUUGUGAGCUGAUUUUAUCACACCUUCUGUCUCGCUUCACUCUUAUAUAAAAACAGCUUCCUUUUUGGUAAACACUGUCUCUUCAUCCCCCUGGUUUUUU